AUGCUGAUGACCAUGCUCAUGACGUCUGACGGACACUACUAUCCAAGUUGUUCAGAAGAACAGAGACGAUGCCAAACCGUAUGUGGUAUGUUUAAGGGGAAGGAAGGUUCGUUACUGUUGGACAUCUUCCGGCUUCCGGAGACUCAAUUGAAUGAGCACAUGACUGCUGUUAAUGAGCUUAACAAAGGUGCCAAGCUGUUGAGGCUAACAAGAUGCUUACUCAUUCUACUUUCAAAGUCGUCAGUACCUGGACGCAAUUAUCCCAAGUAA